UUUAGCAAUGCAUAAAAUGUAAAUGAUAUUGUACUGAAAUAGUCAUCAAUAAAAAUAAUUAUAUAGAAUAAACAAUUUGAAGCAAUAUGGCAGUUAACUAUUCUGACAACUCAAAAAAGAAGCGAAAAAGAAAUCCAGAUGAAGAAAUUGAAGUAGACAUUGAGGAUGAAGUUAAAAAAAGUAAACUUAAUCAAAUUGACGAGGCUGCUAAGGGUUCAGACUGGAUAUGUACUACUCAUAAUCUAGUUAAUGUUGAUAUUGAUAUUCCUGAUGAGCUUCUCAGUGAUAUGACUUAUAAACAGUUUAACAAACAUGUUCGAUCUAAGGUACAGGAAUGCAAUCCUAAAGCUUCUGGACUCCACAUUACUUCAUUGGUUGGUGCAAAGUGGCGUGAGUUUAAAGAGCUGUAUGGAAUAGAAUUUAGAAGUGAUACACCUGAUAUAGAGCGUUUAAAAGGAAAUUUUUUGGGAAGUCCUUUAUCAGAGCCAGAGUUAAAAGAGAGUCAUGCUGGUGAUCGUAAAACUUCUAGACAAGUAAAAAAAACAGCUAGACAAGGUAUUGUCAAUUUAGAUGAAAUAAAUCUUGAUGAGGUAACCCGGGCUGAACAAGAAGAAGAAACUGAAAAAAAAAAGCAUAAAAAAAGAACAGGACCAAGAAUCAAAAAUACAAAAGAUAAAAAAGAAAAGAAAAAAGCUCAAAAAGUGGCAGGGAUAGUUAAAAAAUCUUCUUCAAUCAAAAAAGCUGUUAAAGGUGAGACUCUUCCAGAGCCAAUCCAUAAUUCAGUGUGUGAUGUGUGUGGUGAAGGAGGAGAUAUUUUAUUGUGCGAUACUUGUACUUGUGUUUGGCAUUUAACUUGUUUGGAUCCACCUCUUGAUGAAGUUCCUGAAGGAGAUUGGAGUUGCCCCAAGUGUGAGGAUGAGUUAAGUGGUCCAGUUGAAGAAGAUGAAGACGAUGAAAACUUUCAUGGUGAUUAUUGCAAAAUAUGUAGAGAUGGCGGAGAGUUGUUGUGUUGUGAUUUUUGUCCUGGUACAUAUCAUAUGCGUUGUGUAAAACCACAGCUUAUUACUGUUCCUGAAGGAGAAUGGAAAUGCCCUUUAUGCAAAGUAGAUAAACUGCCUGGAAAAGUUGAGCGGAUUUUGUUUUGGAAGUUCCUAACUCAUACUCCUACAAAAGAAGAAAUUGCUGCUGGUGCUAAAGAUGAACAAUAUAAAGUCAGAAAAUUCUUUGUCAAAUAUGCAAAUAUGUCAUAUUGGAAUUGUCAUUGGAUUGACGAGUUGCAGCUUGAGAAAUAUCAUAUCUCCUUAUUUCGAUUUUUUUGUCGCAAAAAUGAUAUGAAUGACCCUCCAAUGACAGAAGAGGGAACUGUUGAGGAGGGUGAAGACGUCAAUGUUGAUGAGGUUGAACAUAAGCGAAAUCUUGAUGGCAGAUUUUUUCAGUAUGGAAUUAAACCUGAAUGGUUGCAAAUACACAGAAUAUUAUGGCACAAAGAAGUUAAGAAAAAAAUCCAGUAUCUUGUAAAAUGGAGAGAGCUUGGCUAUGAAAUGAGCACAUGGGAGUUUAAAGAUGAUGAAUGCAAUAAAGAUAUUGAUGACUUUGACAAGUAUAUUGAGAUAUACAACAAUUUAAGAGCUCAAUACAAAAAGAAGUUAAAGAAAAAAGAUAAAGUUAAGUCAAGUAAAAAAAGAGAGGGCUGGGAGUAUGAUAUCCGACCAAAUGGCUACAGUUAUACUAACCAACCUUCUUUUAUUACUGAUACUGGAGGAAUACUUCAUGAAUAUCAAAUUGAAGGAAUCAAUUGGAUACGUUACUCGUGGGCUCAGAGGGAUAACACUAUACUAGCAGAUGAAAUGGGUCUUGGAAAAACUAUCCAAACAAUUACUUUUUUAAAUUCAUUACUUUCUGAAGGUCGAUCAGAGGGGCCUUUUUUAAUUUGUGCACCAUUAUCAACCAUUGUAAAUUGGGAGAGAGAAUUUGAGUUUUGGGCACCAAACAUGUAUGUUGUUACAUAUUCUGGUAAUAGAGAAAACAGACAAGUCAUAAGGAAUUAUGAAAUGACUUUUGAUGAUGAUUCAAUGCGUAAAGGUCAGAAAGCUUAUAAAGUCAAAAAAGAUGUAAUCUGUAAAUUUCAUGUUCUGUUAACAUCGUACGAGUUAGUUGCAAUCGACGCAAACACAUUGCAAUCUAUUGAUUGGAAAGUUUUAGUUAUUGAUGAAGCUCAUAGACUUAAAAACAACCAAUCACGAUUCUUUCGUACUAUGACCAGUUAUAAUAUUGAUUACACUUUGCUUCUAACUGGUACACCUCUUCAAAAUAAUUUAGAAGAGCUAUUUCAUUUGUUAAACUUUUUAUGUCCAGAUAAGUUUCAAAAUCGUGAAAACUUUUUAGCUGAAUUUGAGGAUAUAGCCAAGGAGGACCAGAUAAAAAAACUUCAUGAAAUGUUAGGCCCACAUAUGUUGCGUAGGUUAAAAGGAGAUGUUCUUAAAGAUAUGCCCAGUAAAAGCGAGUUCAUUGUUCGAGUUGAACUGAGCCCUAUGCAAAAGAAAUAUUACAAAUAUAUUCUAACAAAGAAUUUUGGUGCACUAAAUACACGAGGCUCUCAACAAGUAUCUCUUCUUAACAUUGUGAUGGAACUAAAGAAGUGUUGCAACCAUCCAUAUCUUUUCUCUACAGCUUCAUUAGAGGCUCCUCGAUAUGCUAAUAAUGCGUAUGAAGUAAAAGGUUUGACUGAGGCUAGUGGGAAGUUAGUUCUUCUUUAUAAAAUGCUGAAGAAACUGAAGGAACAAGGUCAUAGAGUUCUCAUAUUUUCACAAAUGACAAGAGUGCUUGAUCUUUUAGAAGAUUUUAUGGAGGGGCAUGGUUGGCGAUAUGAACGUUUAGAUGGUACUAUCACAGGUGGUAUUCGACAAUCUGCUAUUGAUCGAUUUAAUCUACCUAAUUCUGAAAUAUUUAGUUUUUUAUUAUCAACACGCGCUGGUGGAUUGGGUAUUAAUCUUGCUACUGCUGAUACAGUAUUUAUAUAUGAUUCUGAUUGGAAUCCACAUAACGAUAUUCAAGCAUUCAGUCGAGCACACAGGAUUGGUCAGCAGAAUAAAGUUAUGAUUUAUCGAUUUGUCACAAAAUCAACAGUAGAGGAAAGAAUUACACAGGUUGCCAAAAAAAAGAUGAUGCUAACUCACCUUGUUGUUCGGCCAGGUCUUGGAUCAAAAGCAGCACAGUCUAUGUCAAAGCGAGAGUUAGAUGAUAUCUUGAAGUUCGGAACAGAAGAAAUGUUUAAAGAUGAUGGAGAUGAUUCUACAGGUCGUAUUGUUUACGAUGAUAAUGCUAUUAACAUGUUACUUGAUCGUUCUAAUGAAGGUAUAAUGGAAAAAGAAUCAGGGAUGGAUGAUUAUUUAUCAUCAUUUAAGGUUGCUAGUUAUACUGUAAAAGAUAAAGAUGAACCUGAUGUUGAAGUACUUAAACAAGAAGCAGAUACAAUAGAUGCAGAUUACUGGGAAAAGUUACUUCGACAUCAUUAUGAGCAAGAACAAGAGUAUGUGGCUAGCACUCUAGGAAAAGGAAAGCGUAUUCGAAAACAGGUGAAUUAUAAUGAUGGUGCACUUACUGCUGAAACUAAAAUGUUAAGACAAGCUUAUGAUGAUGGUUCAGAUUUUGAUGCAUCUGAAUUGGUUGAUGAGUCUUCAGACUUGUCUGAUGAAGAUUUAGGAUCACAAGCUCGUCAGAAGAAAUUAAAGGAGAAGGAUAUUUUGCCACCAUUACUUGCUAAAGUUGGGAGUCAGCUUGAAGUGUAUGGGUUCAAUCCUAGGCAGCGUAGAGCAUUUCUUACUGCAGUCAUGCGCUAUGGUUUACCUCCUAAAGACUUUGCUUUAGCAAAGGAUAAAUGGUGUAUCCAUAAUCUACGUGGAAAAUCAGAGAAAUGUUUUCAAGCAUACACAUCCAUGUUUUUACGCCAUCUUUGUGAACCAGGAAUGGAUACAAAAUCAGAAACUUACAGUGAUGGUGUGCCAAGAGAAGGUGUUAAUCGCUUGCAAUUGCUUUCACGCAUUGGAAUUAUGAGUUUAAUAAAAAGAAAAGUGGAAGAGUAUUCCAGCAUCAAUACAUUUCUUCAUACUACCUUAUAUGGUCAUGUGAGUCUACAUAUUCGUUCAAAUGAAGAUGUUGGUUUGAAUGGUGAUCUAGAGAAAGACAUUAAAGCAUCUGUUGAAAAAGCUGCAGUAGAUGAAACAUCCAAUAAUGAAACAACUGAUAAUAAUAUUGAAGAAGAAAGCUCAAACAAAGUAAAAUCAUUGCAUAUAGAAUCAGCCAAUGCUGAUUCUUAUGAAAAAAGCAACGAGAAAGAGAAAGAAAAAUUAAAUAUUGAUAAACAUUUACAGAACGGUAACUCAAAUUAUUCAUCUCUGGUUUCAACAAGCAAAGAAAUUGUAAAUAACGAUAAAGAACUUUUGUUUGUAGAUAAAAAGGUAUUGGCAGGGGACUCAGAUUUAUUGCGUUCAUCUGCAAAAGAUUCUCCUACUGAAAAAGGUGAAUCAGAGUUAGUGUCACCUCAAGCUAUACCAAAGUUCAUGUUUAAUAUUGCUGAUGGAGGAUUCACCGAACUUCAUGUUUUGUGGGAAGCAGAGGAAAAAAGAAAGCUUGACAACAUAUGGUGGAGAUUCCAUGACUACUGGCUUCUUGCUGGUGUUGUUGUUCAUGGCUACAGCAGAUGGCAGGAUAUACAAAAUGAUGAAAAGUUUGAAACUAUAAAUAAACCAUUUGCUAGAAUGUCUAUCGAUUACAAAAAUAAGUUUAUUGCAAGGAGAUUUAAGUUGUUGGAGCAAGCUUUGAUUGUUGAAGAACAGUUAAAACGUGCUACUCUAAUGUCCGUUACACAGGAUAACAAACAUCCUGCUAUGUCUUUGCAGUCGAGGUUUGCUGAAUUAGAAUGCUUAGCAGAAAGUCAUCAACAUUUAUCCAAAGAGUCUUUAUCUGGUAACAAGCCUGCUAAUGCGGUACUUCAUAAAGUUCUUAAUCAACUAGAGUCUUUAUUGUCAGAAAUGAAAAAUGAUGUUGCUAGAUUGCCAACCUCGCUUGCAAAAAUGCCACCUGUUACUCAUCGUUUGGCCAUGUCUGAACGUUCUGUUUUAACGCGUUUGGCGACUGGGGGUCAAUUGCCUAUACCUGGGCAAGUUCCUUUUCCAUCGAGUGGUUUGGUUGAUCGCUCUGCUCUAAGUCCUCAUGGUCUUGGCGUUAGUAAGACUUAUCCUUCUCAUAGAUCUGACUAUACUCCAAUAUGAGAAAAAAACUUAGUUGUGGAAACUUUUUCUAGACAGAAUGGAACGCCCUAAUGCAGAAGUUCAUAUUAGUUUGAUUAUUUCAACCCGAUAUAAUGAUUCGCUUAGCUGAUACUGCUUCCAUAGUAUUUAAAAAAUAAUGGAAAGAAAUUAAUUAGAAAACUUAAUAUAAAGUGGAUAUCUUCUCAAAAGAACUAUAAAAAACUUGACUAUGAUAAUGAUAAAUGAAUAUGAUAAUGAUAAAUGAAUAAACACGGCAAA